GGUUUUUGUAAAAAAUAAAUAGUUGGCAACCCUGCCCAUAGAUAUAGGUAAAAGGUCGGGUCGAAGAGUUUGACAGUGCUAAAUAUAUACAAAUACAGGCGGUGUGACCUCCAGAGACUAUCAACAGGAGACCAGCACAAUGUCGCUUAUUAGAGGUGUAUUUAUUGUGUCUGCCAAACGAACGCCUUUUGGCACUUAUGGAGGUCUGCUGAAGGACCACAGUGCUACUGACCUUGCUGAACAUGCUGCCAAGGCUGCCCUGGCUGCAGGGAAUGUGGCUCCUGAGAUUGUGAACAGUGUCAUUGUUGGCAAUGUCAUGCAGAGCUCCUCAGAUGCAGCCUACAUAUCCAGACAUGUCGGCUUGCGUGCUGGAGUCCCGAUUCCAGUCCCAGCUCUCACAGUAAAUCGUCUCUGUGGUUCUGGCUUCCAGUCCAUCAUCAGUGGAGCGCAGGAAAUAUGUCUGAAGGAGUCUGAGGUUGUGCUCUGUGGUGGGUCAGAGAGCAUGAGCCAGGCCCCCUAUGCAGUUCGCAACAUCCGCUUUGGAACCAAAUUCGGAGUGGAUCUCAAGAUGGAAGACACUCUAUGGGCAGGCCUUACGGACCUGCAUGUUAAAAUCCCAAUGGGAAUAACUGCCGAGAACCUGGCUGUUCAAUACGAGAUCAGCAGGGAAGACUGCGACAAAUACGCACACAAAACACAGCAGAGGUGGAAAACAGCUCAUGAUGCUGGUCACUUCAAUGCAGAGAUUGCUGCUGUGGAGGUGAAAACGAAGAAAGGGAAACAGCCCAUGACCCAAGAUGAGCACCCCAGACCCCAAACCACACUUGAGCAGUUGGCCAAACUGCAGCCAGUCUUCAAGAAGGGUGGAACUGUCACUGCAGCAAACGCUUCAGGGGUAUCUGAUGGAGCUGCUGCUGUUGUGAUUGCCAGUGAAGACGCUGUGAAACAACACAAGCUUACCCCAUUGGCUAGAGUUGUAGCUUACCAUGUGUCUGGGUGUGAUCCCAGCAUCAUGGGAAUUGGACCUGUACCAGCAAUCAGCGGAGCUCUAAAGAAAGCUGGACUUACUCUUAAGGAUAUGGAUUUGGUAGAGGUAAACGAGGCAUUUGCCCCCCAGUACCUGUCUGUAGAGAAAGCCCUGGGACUGGAUCCGGAGAAGACCAAUGUGAACGGAGGUGCCAUUGCAUUGGGCCACCCUCUGGGAGCCUCUGGCUCAAGAAUAACUGCACACCUUGUUCAUGAGCUCAGGCGCCGUGGUGGUAAAUAUGCUGUUGGAUCAGCCUGUAUCGGUGGCGGGCAGGGCAUUGCCAUUAUCAUUGAGAACACCCAUUGAGCAAAGACAUGAAAAGGGCUGGGCACCACAAUCAACUUUUUUUUUUUUCUAUUACUAUUUGUAUUUAGAAAGCUGCAAAUGGAAAAUCGUGUAUGUAACAAGCAAUUUUGACAGUAUUUUGUUGUGCAGCUGUUUAGUUUGGCAGCAUUCAGCCUUGCCUAUUUAAACUUGGUUUGUACCCAAAAACGAUAGCUAAAGAGGUAAAAAUGAAUGUGUCUUUUUUUAAAAUGAGUAAUUAGAAAUGUUUUCAAAAAUGUAAUAAUGCUAAUAUACCUUAAUGUCAGUAACUCCUUUAUCAUUGCAAAAAAAAGAUUGUGAUGGCUGCUUUAGAGUCCAAUAUCCAUGCAUUUCAUCGUUCUGUCACACUCUAUUAUGUGUGAGUAUUAAAUGUUGGGCUGUGUUUAUAAGCACGCUGCCAUAAUUCCCCGUCGAUGUUGUCUGUUCAUUCACAAAAUUUAACAUGUUAAAAAUCCCCAACAAAGCAGAUGUUUCAUUACUGUGAAACCGAGUAGCACUUUUACUCAACUGAAGAAUAAUUGAGUGCAUUAGUUCAGUCUGUGCCUUAACAGUGAAUUAACUGUGACAGUGAAUGUUACAGCUCAGUGGGGCUGUAUGAAGAAUUGUUCUCAGUUAAAUUGUUAAUAAAACUGAAGACAAAA